AUACUUUUAGAUUUUUUAUUCUACCUAAUCCUAUUUUAUUUUCCAAAAUGUCUACACCACAUUUGCAGUGUAGAAUAUUUUACGGAUUAAAAACAGACGUAAUUGGAAAUGCACAUUACAUUACAGAUGGAGAGAUUUUUUAUCCAGUAGGGAGUGCUUUAUCAAUUCACCAUGUUUCUCAACGACGUCAAAAGUUAAUUCGAUUAUCUGAUAAACAAAUAAAUAUUAUUGCUGUAGCCUCCAACAGAAAAUAUGCCGCUGUUUGUGAAGUGGGCGAGAAACCAACAAUUGCAGUCUACGAUCUUCGUUCCCUCAAAAGAAAAAAAGCACUAGGUAUCCCAUACGAUGCACCAGGUGUUGAUCGAUUUUCCUGUUUGUCAUUCACCCUCGACAACAAGUACAUUGUAGCCAUAACCGGAGAACCAGACCAGAUGAUGUUAUUCUACAACUGGGAAAAGGGCAAAGUGGAAUCAAAUAUCAAAGUCGGGAAUCCGCAAAAUCCAAAUUCGACCGUCAAUUUAUUAGCUUGCAAUCCAGGAGAUGUGGGAAUAGUGGCAAUAGGUGGACCCUUCAUUUUUAAAUUCCUAACAGUCUCUGAAACUGUCUGGCGUCCUUACGGCUUCACCAAAGCAGACAAUCUCGUCAUCACUUCCUUGGCUUGGAUGAACCUGGACAGACUAUUAGCUGGUACCAGAGAUGGCAAAAUUCUCUACCUAGAGAAUGGAGAGUUGAAAAAUAUUUAUAAGAUGAUUGACACCACGAUGAUAAAUCUAAAAAUUCGAGAAGAGUACGUGAUGCAAACUUCAGUUUCCGAAACAAGUCUAGAGUAUGCUAACAAAGUAUGGGAACACGAAAUUAGUGGCUUGACUGUCUUCAGCAACUAUUUCGCUUUUGCAUUUGGUCCCGGAAGAAUUGUCAUCUUCGAACAAGAUGGUCAGCACAAAUACGUCAAACAAUACCUCUAUAAAGUUCCUGCUCAGAUAUCAAAAGAGGAAUCAGACCAUCUCUAUCGGAUCAACACAAUCAAUUCGAAUUUAAGUUCCGAUAGGUUGAUUGUCACCACCGGUUGGUCACAAAUCUUUUUUGCUAAAGUUGGAGGUUCGAAUGGAAAAGCAGAUCCUGAAGAACGAGAUCUGGAAACGGUAGGUGAAAAUCUACAUCAUGGACCAAUUGGUAGUCUCUCAAUGUGCACCUGGAAGCCUAUUUUUAUGACUUGUGGAGAACUUGAUUGUAGUGUCCGAAUCUGGGAUUAUGAAUCCGAAAGUUUAGUGAUGAUCAAGCAGUACAUGGAGGAUAUUUUCUGUGUUGCUCUACAUCCAAAUGGUCUCUUCUGUCUGGUUGGAUUCAGCGAUAAACUGAGAUUUAUGACAAUAUUGAUUGAUGAUCUUCUUGUGAUGCAUGAAUUUCCGAUUAGAAAUUGCAGAACUGCAGCUUUCAGUCAUGGUGGUCACCUGUUUGCUGCUGUCAAUGGAAACAUCAUUCAUGUUUAUUCCACUAUGGAUUUUCGAAGUCAAUUUUUAUUGAAAGGACACACGGGGAAAAUUAAGGGAUUUGUUUGGUCGAAAACUGAUGCGAAAUUAGUUAGUAUCGGAUUGGAAGGAGCAAUUUAUGAAUGGGACAUGUGUACUGGUGCUCGAGUUGGAGAAGUUAUUUUAAAGGAAAUUAUUCUUAAUGGUAUUGUACUUUCUUCGGAUAACUCGACGAGUUAUUGCAUCUCGAGUGAUAAUCAAAUUCGAGAAAUAAAGGACAGUUGGGUAUCAAGGUCAUUCACUUUAAAUUUGGAACUCAGUCUCGUUGCAAUGGGAAAAGAAAAUUCAAUAAUGCUUGCUACUUGCUCUGGUGGUGCUGUUCUUUCCAUUAGAUAUCCUCUACAAGAGCCAGUUGAAUAUCUUGAUUUUCGUAUUCAUCGCUCUGAUAUCACAGAGAUGGCUCUUGCCUAUAACGAGCAGAUGUUGAUAACAACUGGUGCAGAUGGCACAUUAUGCUUCUGGAAAGUACUCUAUCAAGACAACAAUAUGGAAAAGACUUUCUAUACAAAUGAAGUUUUGAUUGGAAGGAGUGAGCUCGAGGAAAAAUUGCAAAACAUAAACGAAUUGGCAAUCAGAAUCGGUGAAUUAGAGACCGAACAUGCCUACAAACUGAGGCAAUUUGAAGUUCAGCACAACGAUUCUGUUCGAGAAAUUCAUCAAGGAUAUUGUGAAGCUAUCCAAGUAUUGAAAGAAAACAUCGAACAAUUGCAAGAGGAUCACGUAAAUGAAUUAAACACUAUAAAUACUGAAAUAGUGAAAAUGAAGACAGCUCAUGAGAAAAUGAUUCAACAAAUAGAAACCAGUUAUGAAGCUAAGCUCAUAACAGAAUACAACAAGUACCAAGAUUUCGAAGAAAAGAAUAGUCUCAUGCGCGAAGAAUAUGAACAGAAAAUCAAAGAUCUUGAGGAAACUCGAAAGAAAAUGAGCGAAGAAUUGAUAUCUGAAUACGAGGCAAAACUUUACGAGAAGAAUUCCAAUCUGGAAGAGCUUCGUGAAGAAAUGGAACAUCGAGCCAGAAUAGACGAACAAAUGAAGAUUCAAAUUGAGGAUGAUGCUGACAGAGAAAUAGUCGAGAUUCGCGCCAAGUACGAGCAUCUUCUCUACGAAGAGAAGCAGGCUAAUUUAAAACUAAAAGGUGAAGUGGGAGUUCUUCGGAAUAAAUUUUUCAUCAGCCAGAAAGAAACGGACGAUCUAAAAAGGCAGGUGAAUCACCUGAAGAGUGAGCAGGUCACCUUUCAGAAAAGCAUGCAGGAAUUAGACAAGGAGGUCUUGAAUUUCAAUAGGGAUAUCACCGAAAGGGACACCACAAUUCAGGAAAAGGAGCGUCAGAUUUAUGACUUGAAUAGGGAUAAACAGGAAUUGGAAAAGUUCAAAUUUGUUCUCGAGCAUAAAAUCAACGAACUGAGGAAUCAAAUUGAGCCCAAAGACAAAGAAGUCAAGGAACUUAAAGAAAAGAUCCGGGAUAUGGAGACCGAAUUGGUCAAUCUUCACAAAGUGAACGUGAAUUUAGAGUUGCAGUAUCACGGAUUGGAAGAAAAAUUGGGAACAGCCAAGCGCGAAUUUCAGGCUGAAGUCCAGAAGAACAAAAAGAGUCAGAUGCUUCUGAAGAAGAUGCACAUCGACGUUUUUGAUGCCGCUGGUCUCGUUCAAGAACCUCGAGCUCUAAAAACUGCGGUCAUGAAUCUUUAUCAUAAAUAUUGCAAUGAUGAGGAAUUUUUACGGAUCCGGAAAGAAGAUUUGGAUGUUCAGUGCGAAUUUAUCAAGCAGAGGGACCAUCUUGAAAGGACAAUUGCGAGUCUUCGGAAACAAGUUUUUCAGGAUACUUCGAGUGGAUCUAAAGAUACGGAAAAGUUGAUGGACGAGAAUGUUAUGCUGAUUGUGGAAAUGAAUUCUUUGAGAGAAGGACUCAAAAGAGCCCAGAAGCAUAUCAGUGAUAUGGAAUAUCUUUUGGGCGUUAGGACUAAUAAUUUUGGCCCAGUGGAGGCGAGAAAUAAAUUGGCUAAGGCUUGCCAUGGUAAUGAAGAAUUGCAAUUGAAAUAUAAAAGUGAGAUGCAGGAGUGUCAGCGAGUUAUUACCGUUUUAAAAGACGAUAUUAGGAGACUAGUUUCUAAGAUUAUUCCUACAUGA